AUGGCUGACAGCGGGGAUGCUGCGAACUGUACGUCGUCUGGGAAAGAGGCUAGAAAUACCGUCAUCGAUGGACCUGUCACUGAUCCAGCAUCGAACAGCAAGAGCCUAGAGGCAUCAAAUAAUGCCUUUCACGGCGCGAGAACAAAAUUAGAUCCCAAAUCUGGAGCCUUGAAGAAAUCCAGUCGUUAUCGUAGUCGAUCUUUAUCCGCCAGUAGCACAGACAGUUACAGCUCUGGAAGCUCAUCAGAUGAGGAUGAUGUAUCACCUCGUGAAAAAAUUCAAAAAACGGAGAAUGGCUUCACGGACUUCUGCGUACGCAAUAUUAAUCAACAUGCUUUUGGUAGAAGAGAGAUAGAAAUAGCAGAACAGGAAAUGCCUGGUAUUAUGGCACUUCGCAAGCGUGCCGCCGAGGAUAAGCCACUAAAAAAUGCUAAAAUUGUGGGAUGCACUCAUAUCAAUGCUCAAACUGCUGUUCUUAUUGAAACCUUAGUACAUUUGGGGGCACAAGUUAGGUGGGCAGCAUGUAACAUAUAUUCCACACAAAAUGAAGUGGCUGCUGCUCUUGCUUACGCUGGUUACCCAAUUUUUGCUUGGCGUGGUGAAACAGAGGAGGAUUUUUGGUGGUGUAUUGAUAAAUGUGUAGCUGCUGAAAAUUGGCAGCCUAAUAUGAUAUUAGAUGAUGGUGGAGAUGCAACACAUUUGAUGCUCAAAAAAUAUAAUGCUAUGUUUAAAAUGAUUCAAGGAAUUGUUGAAGAGAGUGUAACAGGUGUACAUAGAUUAUAUCAGUUAUCGAAAGCAGGCAAAUUAUCCGUCCCUGCCAUGAAUGUCAAUGAUAGCGUAACAAAGACCAAAUUUGACAAUCUCUAUAGUUGCCGCGAAAGUAUUAUUGAUAGUUUGAAGAGAUCUACAGACAUUAUGUUUGGUGGAAAACAAGUUGUAAUUUGUGGUUAUGGUGAAGUUGGAAAAGGUUGUUGUCAAGCUCUCAAAGGUUUAGGAUGUAUUGUUUAUAUAACUGAGAUCGAUCCAAUUUGUGCUUUGCAAGCAAGCAUGGAUGGUUUCAGAGUAAUGAAAUUGAAUGAAGUUAUUAGAAAUGUAGAUAUCGUUAUUACCGCAACUGGCAAUAAAAACGUAGUUACACGCGAGCACAUGGAUAAAAUGAAAAACGGCUGUGUAGUGUGCAAUAUGGGACACAGUAAUACCGAAAUAGAUAUUAACAGUUUACGCACGCCAGAUUUAACUUGGGAAAAAGUAAGGUCACAAGUGGAUCAUGUUAUCUGGCCAGACGGAAAGCGCAUCGUAUUAUUAGCGGAAGGCCGGUUAGUCAACUUGUCUUGUUCCAGCAUUCCCUCAUUUGUUGUAUCGAUUACAGCUGCUACUCAAGCGUUAGCGCUCAUUGAACUUUUCAACGCACCUUCCGGACGAUAUAAAAGUGACGUUUAUCUGUUACCGAAAAAAAUGGAUGAGUAUGUGGCAUCAUUGCAUUUACCAACAUUUGAUGCACAUUUAACAGAAUUAACAGAUGAACAAGCCAAAUAUAUGGGGCUUAAUAAGGCUGGACCUUUUAAGCCUAACUAUUAUCGCUAUUAAAAAUAUGUGGAUAAAUGAUAUGGCAC